AUGGCGCACGAAACGCCCGUCGUCACGCCGUCCGACCUGCGCGACAUCCUCGGCUUCACCACCGCCCUCGCGCGCAGGGCCGGCGCGCUCAUCCUCGAGGGCUCCCGCGCCAUCCACGCCCCGGAGGCCAAGGACGUCGGCGAGAAGAAGAACUCGGUAGAUCUGGUCACCGAGUACGACGUCAAGGUCGAGGAGCUCGUCAGGCGCGAGAUCCAGCAGACGUAUCCGGACUUUAAGUUUAUCGGAGAAGAGUCGUACGUCGCGGGGCAGAACGAGCUCACCGACGACCCGACCUUCUGCGUCGACCCCAUCGACGGCACGACGAACUUUGUCCACGGCUUCCCCUUUGUGUGCAUCUCUAUCGGGCUCAUCUACCACAAACGCCCCGCCCUCGGCGUCAUCUACAACCCCUUCCUCGACCAGCUCUACACAGGCAUCCGCGGCCAAGGCUCGCACCUGCACACCUCCUCGGGCACCCUAAAACUCCCGCUCUCCCCGCCCCGGCCCCUCCCCUCGCUCUCGCAGGCGCUCAUCGCCAUCGAGUGGGGGUCCGACCGCACGCUGCCCGUCCUCGGCGCCAAGGCCGACUCUUUCCUCAAGCUCGCGGGCGACCCGAGCCCGGACGCGAGCAAGGGCGGGAAGGGCGCCGCGGUGCAGGGCGGGAGGAUGGCGCAUUCCCUCAGGAGCGUGGGCAGCGCGGCGCUGAAUUUCGCGUUGGUCGCGCAGGGCGGGCUGGAUGUGUAUUGGCCAUGGGACAUCUGCGCAGGCACCGUCAUCGCGCAAGAAGCCGGCUGCCUCGUCAGCGGCUCCUCCAAGUGCGCGCACACGGGCGACGUCGCGGAGGAGAUCCUCACCGGGCGCAAGUACAUCGUCGUGCGCGCCAUCGCGGACACCGAGAAGGAGAAGGGGAGCGAUGCGCAGCGGAGGCUAAUUAGGGAGUUUUAUGAGACUGUUGCGGAGCCGGAUCCGUUGUAG